AUGUCACCUAAUAAAGCUAGAAAAAAGAAACAUGUAUAUGCUAAAUUCUCUAAACCUCGAAAUGGUCCUAUGGGGUUUGACGAAGAAAGAUUGCCCUAUAAUGCUUCUGUUAGAUAUUUACUUAAUCCAGGUGAAUUGGAAGGUGGAAGAAGACGUAUAACCGAUUAUGAAAAUGGGGAUGGACCUGAAAGAUCAUUUGUAAGAGAACAACUAAUGGUAGUUAAGAAUGUUGAAUAUCCACCUAGAUGGAUUUUACGUGAUCAGUAUUAA